AUGUUUCGUUUAUUGAAGAAAGGAGUUCAAUUCAAGUGGAAUGAUAAGUGUCAGCAAGCUUUCGAAGCAGUUCGGAGUUACCUUCAGAAUCCGCCAGUCCUAAUGCCUCCAGUGCAAGAAAAACCUUUAAUCUUGUACCUUUCCGUGAUAUCAUCAGCAAUGGGUAGCAUGUUGGCUCAAGAAGGAGAGGAUAGGGUCGAAAAGGCUAUCUAUUACAUAAGCAAAAGAAUGACAAGAUGUGAAGAACGUUACAUGUCUUUAGAGAAAACAUGUUGGGCUCUCGUAUGGGCCACCAAAACGUUGAGGCACUACAUGCUAGCUCAUUCGGUAGUGUUGAUUUCUCGAAUGGACCCUCUUAAAUAUCUGUUCGAGAAGCCAGCGGUUAUCGGUGUCACACGGAAAUCUGUAAAAGGGAGAGUGGUAGUGGAGUUCCUGGCAGAUCAUCCUGUGGAAGGACCGGAAGAUGUGGAAUUUAGGUUUCCAGAUGAAAAUGUGAUGGCAACAACCAACGAUGUUUGGACAUUGCAUUUUGACAGGGCUGCCAAUCAAAGAGGAUUUGGGAUUGGAGUAUUGUUGAUUUCGCCUGAUGGAUCGCAUAUUCCGUUAGCCUUUAAGCUAAACUUUGAAGUUACUAACAAUAAGGCUGAGUAUGAGGCUUGUAUUGUGGGAAUGGAAGCCGCAUUGGAAAUCGGGGUGCAGAAGCUGGAAAAAGUUAGAGAAGACAAGCUUAAACUGUAUUACGAGAACCUUGAAAGUUUAAUUCCGCAAUUCCAAAUAGUAACCUUUACUCAUGUGCCGAGGUUAAAGAACCGGUUUGCCGAUGCUCUCGCCACUCUAGCAUCCAUGGUAGAAAUACCAAUUGGGGUUCAAAUGCGACCAAUUAUGAUUGAGCAAAGAAGUAAACCUGUGUAUGAAUAUAUUAUGGCAAUUGAUGAGCUAGAUGAUGGAUUGCCAUGGAUCAUGGAAGAAAUUCACGAAGGCGUUUGUGGUCCCCACAUGAACAGUUUAAUGCUCGCUAAAAAACUCCUGAGGCAAGGUUACUAUUGGUUAACCAUGGAAACUGAAUGCGCUCAAAUCACGCCAGCAGCAUCCAAUGGUCACAAGUUUAGUUUAUUUGCAGUUGACUAUUUUACGAAAUGGGUGGAAGCAGCCUCAUAUGCCACUUUGAAGGCAGUACAGGUGGCUCAUUUUAUUAAGCAAAACAUCAUUUAUCGAUACGGGGUUCCACAAGCCUUUGUGUCCGACAAUGGGGUUCAUUUCAAAGGACGAGCAGCCGAGGUUCUUGAGGAGUUUGGAGUCCAGGUCCAUAAGUCAACAGUAUACCGUCCUCAAACCAAUGGAGCGGUGGAAGCGGCAAAUACAACCAUUAAAACAAUUCUCGAGAGAACUACACAGUCUGCAAGGAAUUGGCAUGAACAGUUACCACUAGCUUUGUGGGGAUACCGGACGUCUGUCCGUACGCCAAUAGGGGCAACACCCUAUUCGUUGGUUUAUGGUAUGGAAGCCGUCCUCCCUAUCGAGCUAGAAAUACCAUCGCUAAGGAUCAUGGCAGAAACGGAAGUUAGUGAGGCAGAAUGGCUGAACAACAGAUUCGAAGAACUAAUGUUAUUUGACGAAAGGCGUCUCAAGGCACUAUACCACAUUCAGGGUUAUCAGCGAAGAAUUGCCCGGGCAUUCAACAAGAAAGUAAGGCCAAGAGAUUUGGAAGAAGGGACAAUGGUUUUAAAUGAGAUACGGGCUCCGCUCUUUGAUCCGCGUGCGAAAUUCCGACCAAAAUGGGCAAGGCCAUACAUCAUCAAGACGAUCUUGUCUGGAGGAGCAACACAACUCAUUGACCUCGAUGAUAUUACCCCUGAGAGAACACUACGCCAAAAAUUGCCUUUGCCGGCGGUUUUUUUACCGGCGGUAAUAAAACCGUCGGAAAAGAGUCCUAUUACCGGCGGUAAUGACAAGCCGCCGCAAAAGGUAAUUAUAAACGCCGUUUAUUAA